AUGAUGCAGUCUUCCCCACAGUGUGUCGCGUGGCCGAACGCGGAUCCUGCAUUGACGCAGGAACUGUUGGACUUGAUGCAACAAGCCAUGCAUUACAACCAGAUCAAGAAGGGUGCAAACGAAGGUAUCUCUUCUCACAACCAUCGAGUUACCCAUGGAGCUGACAUCAACCUAGUCACAAAGUCCCUGACUCGAGGCACGUCUGAGGUGGUCAUUCUCGCCGCCGAUACUUCUCCUCUCGCCAUACUGAUGCAUCUCCCAUUGCUUUGCGAAGACAAGAACGUCCCAUACGUGUUUUUGCCCAACAAGCACGCUAUUGGCCGAGCAUGCGGUGUCACCCGGCCCAUUAUCGCGGUCUCUAUCACCUCGAACGAGACUAGUGACCUGGCUCCAGUGAUCGAGCGUAUUCGGGACAAGGUGGAGCGACUUGCGAUCUAA